GGGCGUUUGGAGCUCUCCAAGAGUACCAUAAUCAUCCGAGACGACACAACGGCCUCUACACACCAACGAUUCGACGAAUACCUCCCGCACAUUCCAUCCUGACGUAUCCAUACAUUAAUAGAAUCCCAGUCUCAUCAGUCAUCUCUCCAGAUAGACCAUGAACGUCGACACAAUCGCCGACUUCCUGGCCGAGCAGCAGGACGCAACUCCGGAAGAGCUUCAGUCUAUCGUCAUCCAGUUCGAGAACCUUUGGGAGCGGAAGUUAUGGCACCAACUCACUGAUGCACUGGUCCAAUUCUUUGAGCACCCAGCGAGCGAACCUCAACGUCUACAGUUCUACAAGAUUUUCAUCCUCAAGUUUGCCGACAAGAUCAACCAGCUCAAGCUCGUCGACUUGGGUCUUAAGGCUGCCGUAGCAUGUCGAGACAGUGAAGAGCGCCUGACAUUCCUGCAAGACCUCGCUAAGAAGGUUGACAACGAGAACUCGCAAGACGCCUUUGUCUACGCCACUGUCGCCGUCGCCUCGAUAAAUAUCGAAUGCCAAGACCUGGAUGGAGCGCGCAAAGAUCUCGACAACGCCGAGAAGAUUCUCGAAGGGUUUGACAGCGUCGAGACCAAGGUCCACGCCGCCUUCUACCAAACCAAUGCCGGCUACUUCCAAGUCAAGCAGGAAUUCGCUUCUUAUUACCGCAAUGCGCUCCUAUACCUAGCUUGCAUAGACAUCCGGGUCUUGACCCUCGACGAACAAAAGGCACGAGCCUACGAACUAGGCAUGGCGGCACUGGUUAGCGACAGCAUCUACAACUUCGGCGAGCUGCUGCAACAUCCAAUUCUAGCCGCAUUGACUGGCGAGGUGGCCUGGUUGCGCGAGCUACUUCUGGCUUUCAACCGCGGCGACCUGGGCGCCUACGACGUCCUGUCAGGCCACAUUGCGUCAAACGCCCUACUUAAGGAGCACAGCACCGAAAUUCGGCAGAAGACCUAUCUGGCCGCGCUGACCGAGGCCGUUUUCCGCCGGCCACCGCACCAGCGCGCCAUGAGCUUCGGUCAAAUCAGUGCUGACACUAAGGUGAAGACGGACGAGAUCGAGCACCUGGUCAUGAAGGCACUCAGCUUGGGAUUGGUCCGCGGUACCAUUGAUGAGGUGGGUGAGCUCGUGAAUUUCACGUGGGUGCAGCCGCGUGUUCUGGACAUGACCCAGAUUGCAAGCAUGGGAGCACGGCUGGGAGAGUGGGGCGAGAACGUGAAUAAGUUGGGCAACUGGAUUGAGGCCACAGGGCAGGAUAUUUGGGCGCCGUAAGCGAUGGUUGUGGUGUACGUAGGUGUGUGUAUGUGGCUAAGGAUAUGACUUGCCUUGCCUCGAGUAAUAAUUCGAGGAUCAAGGAUAGCCGGACUCAGGCUAGAUCUGGAAGCGCAAAACGGAUCUGAUCUGGCUGGGCUUGCUGGGUCUGUAUGAUAGAUACCAUAGACGUACGUCCUGCAGCAAUGGGAUGAACAAAAUUAAGACCAGAACGUCGAGUCAAGCUAACGAGAUCCCGAAGGUGCAAAGAAAGGGGCACUAUAGUGUGGUCCAAAUGGAGUGGAGAGUUUGCUUAAUAUUAUCG